CUGAUUACAAACACGGAAGUGCAGAUAAAACGUCACCUUAGCAGAAUAGCAAUUUCAUUGAUAACCACUAAGAUUUCAACAAUAAUUUAGCAGUUGCUGCUAGUACAGAACGACCAUUUACAAGCACGCAUAUCAAGUAUUUGGUUUUCCGUUCUAUGGAUUUUUUGGAGUUUUUAUCAUGUGCGUGUAUCGUAUUUACGGUUGGGAUGUUCUCGACAGGAUUAACCGACCUGAAAAAGAUGAGAGCAUCUCAAAGUGCUGACAGCGUCCAGUUCCUGCCCUUUCUCACCACCUGCCUCAACAACCUCGGAUGGUUGUAUUAUGGGAUACUAAAGAGGGAUAGGACCCUGGUACUAGUCAACACCAUCGGGGCUUCCCUACAGACCCUCUACAUUGUCUCCUACUGCCACUACACCAAGGAGAGGAGGCGGGUUACCAGUCACACCUUGGCUGCAGCAGCAGUGCUGUGUGGAGGCUGGCUGUACUUCAGCAUGUUGCUGCCUCCGGGAGACAGUCAGCUGGCUCAGCUGGGCCUCACCUGCAGUGUGUUCACCAUCAGCAUGUACCUGUCCCCCCUUACCGACCUGGUGGAGAUUGUGCGCAGUAAGAAUGUGAGUCGUCUGUCGUUCCCCCUCACAGUGGCAACGUUCUUUACCUCCACCUCCUGGACGCUGUACGGCCUCCAGCUACAGGACUACUACAUCAUGGUGCCAAACACGCCUGGCAUCGCCACCAGCCUCAUCAGAUUCUACCUGUUCUGGAGGUUUACGCCUGCCAAUCAGGACUCACCGUCCUAUAACCUGCUCCAGAUCUGAGGGGGCGGGACAUUCGUCCACCAAUGGUAGUGAGGGAUCAGGAGGGCAGCCCACCGUUUACCAAGUGCCUUGAGUCCUCCGACAUCAUGUCCCUCACGUGACGAUUGAUUGAAUUAGUCAAGAAUGAAUGACAUGUUUGAGUCUUCCGCCAUAGAAUGAGACUCAGUACCCAUGACCUGUCCUAGGCCAGACUAGGGGGGGGACUAGCUGCUUGUCUGGAUGACCUGCCUGAACAGGGGCCUCCCAGCCUGUGAGGACCAGGGGCCUCCCAUGUUGUUACACAGCGUACACUUCCUUCUCUCUAUACAUUAUUCUAGUCCUACAUAACCCAACAGGACAUGGCUGUGGAUUCUUAUAUUUUUCUCUGUUUAUUUUCGUGCCCAAAGUAAAUAUACUGUAUUGUGAUUGCUAUUUUUAUAAACAGUUGUGUAAAAGAGAAUAUGUACGUACAAAAGGAUAUUAUCUCUACGCAGGGGAAAUGAUGGUGUGUGCUUGGCUGGUGACUGGUACUUAAAAUAAAUGUUUUAUAUGUCUUUUAAA